UUUGCCGCCAUCAAGACCUCACUCUUGCUUUUCAAAGCAUUAUUCUAUUUAUUACAUAAACCCUAAAUCCUAUAAUUCAGAACAAAAGGGUAGAAGAAUCCUCGUUUCUGAGUCAGAUUUCUCAUCAAUUUACUGUCCACCGUCAUCGACUCUCACUAAACCUCACUACAAGUGUGAUUCGAUAUGGAUAUUUCAAGCCCUGCAGCUUUUGUUAAUGGAGGACUGUUACGGAUGCACCUGGGACGUAGGGUUCGAACCGUGCUUCAGGUUACCCAGUCUGAUAUUGCUUCCGCGAUGGGAAAGUCUCCGGAUGGUUACCAGCUUGUUGCAAAAGGCUCUCCACCUGUUCCUCUUUCAAGUUAUGUUGAGGUUGUUGGUGUUGCUGAAAAUGAAAAUACCAUCCAAGCUGAACUGUGGACCAACUUUGGUGACACAUUUGAUGCAUCCAGCUAUGAUCAACUCUGUCAGCUAGCAAAUGGAGAGUUCAAACACCUAUUCCUCUAGUUUGCACAUUUUCUUUAU